CAGGCGGCAGUCUGCGUAACCCCGCGCAUGCGCAAGCUGGCUCGAUUUUAGCAUCUGUAUUUCCUGCUUGCUGUCUCCACUCGAAGCCAUGGCAGAAGUAAAAGCUUCCCUGAUUUGUGGCGUUCUAGCGGCGUUCCUGUCUUCGGCCGCGCUUGCAUUUGUUGAAGAUCUAGAUGACACAUUUAAAGACACCAGAGUGAAUGAUAUCUGGCUGGUUGAUUUCUAUGCGCCGUGGUGCGGCUACUGUAAAAAACUCGAGCCAGUAUGGCAUGAUGUGGGAGUGGAGCUGAAGAGCUCUGGGUCGCCGGUCCGCGUGGGAAAGAUGGAUGCCACUGCUUACUCUGGAAUGGCAUCAGAGUUCGGUGUCCGUGGUUACCCGACAAUAAAACUGUUAAAGGGUGAUCUUGCCUAUAAUUACAAGGGACCAAGGACAAAAGAUGAUAUCGUAGAGUUUGCCAACAGGGUGGCAGGACCGGCCGUCAGGGCACUUCCCAGCAAGCAGAUGUUCGAGCACAUGAUGAAACGACAUGAUGUGCUUUUUGUGUAUGUCGGCGGGGAGUCUCCCCUCAAAGAGAAGUACAACGACGUUGCCUCUGAGCUCAUUGUCUACACAUAUUUCUUCUCGGCUCCAGAGGAAGUCUUUCCAGAGUCGGUAACUUUGCCAGAGCUUCCUGCGGUUGUGGUCUUUAAGGAUGGGGCCUACUUUACCUAUGAUGAGUACGAAGAUGCUAGUUUGUCAUCGUGGGUGAACAAGGAGCGCUUCCAAGGAUACCUUCAGAUUGACGGCUUUACACUAUAUGAACUCGGGGAAACAGGCAAAUUGGUCGCGAUUGCAGUCAUCGAUGAGAAGGACCCCACAGAGGAGAGUGGCAGAUUAAAGGCCUUGAUUCAGAGGGUGGCGAAGGAAUACAGGGAACAUUUUAACAGGGACUUCCAGUUUGGCCACAUGGAUGGGAAUGACUACAUUAACAGCCUCAUUAUGGGUGAGGUGACAGUGCCCUCCGUUAUCAUCCUCAACACAUCCAACGAGCAGUACUUCCUGCCCAGUGAGCCGAUUGAGACCAUGGAGCAGCUGGUCCAAUUCAUCAACGGUGUUUUGAACGGUUCUGCACAGGCGAAUGGAGGUGAUGGAUUCAUUCAGAGGAUCAAACGUGUGGCCUUUGAUGCCAGAUCGACCAUUAUGUCAGUGUUUCGCAGCUCUCCGCUGCUGGCCUGCUUCCUGUUCGGCCUACCGCUGGGUGUAAUUAGCCUGAUGUGCUAUGGCAUCUGCACGGCUGAGUCGGAUGACGGUUCGGAUGACAUAGAUGCGCUCAAGAGGGAGGGCCUGACGGAUGAAGAGGAGGAGGAAGAGGAAGAGGAGGAGGAGAGGCAACGCGCCACUGAGCUGGAGGGCCCCGAAGAGGGCGAGAACGAGGAAGACGAUGUUGGAGAGAAGGAUCCCGAAGAGAAGAAAACCGAUUAACACAGGGGCUCCCGCUGGAUAGAGGAUGAUGGGCCUAGUCAAAUGCAGUGACAUGAAACUCAAAGACCUAUCAGUGUAUUACUAUUCUGCUUCUUUGUCUUUCAUGUCACUGCGCCUCCGAGCCCCUCGAGCACAGACUCUUCCCCCAUCUUUGAGUUCUGUGUUUAAGGUCGGCUGCUCAGUGAAGCCAUAGAAUCAUGUCUCAAACUAACAGCCUUUUUUAUGAUGGAGUAAACGCAUACUGAUCAAGAGAAGGAGGGAUGGCUGUGAACCAAACAGCCCACUUAUUUAUUAUGAUUCGACCAACCAGUGGUUUAGUCCAUGUGAUGUGUGACCUCUUUGUUUUGUAACCACUUAAAUGCCCCUAUUUUUUUUUUUUUUUUUUUUCGUAUGCCAAUCUCUUUCUAGUUUACUAUGUUAUCCUUAAUAUUGCCUUUAAACUAAACACAACAUGAAUACACAAAAACAAUGUGUUUACCACUACCCCCAACCCAAAGUGUAGGCUUAUCAGAUAUAGUGAUUGAUGUGUGUAGAAAGCAAAGGAAGUGCCCAAGAAGGAAAAUCUGCCAUAAAUGAAGUGUUUUUUUUUUUAUUAUUAUUAUUCUAUGUUAUUGCCUGAAAAUAUUUCUUCUUCUACUAGGAGUGCAAAGUGCCGAGACAGUCGUGCAUUUAAACUUAUUUCUCAUGCCAGCUGCCUGUUGGUGUCCAAUUAUGAGGCGAGUUGAUGAAAAAAGCUGGAAUGGUAAUUGGUGUCAGUCUGUCUGAUACUAGAAUAUGAAAAAUGAAACCUUUCGUUCUAUUUUAUGACCAGCCUGCUCAAAAUUCCUAGUCUAGAUGGGUUGUACCUGUGCAGGAGACCCCCAUACCAUGCAGCAGUAGUUCCUGCAGCUUUUAACAACUCAUAUGCCUCAGAUAGACUGGCUCUGUCUGUUUCCACAUUUCAAUCUGUCCUCCAUCCCUGGUUGCUAUAUUGAAAUCAGUAGGCAGGUUGAGGUUUAAAUCCUGAUGCACUGAGCGUACAACAUAUUAAACCUGUCUUCCUAGUAGUUGGUUCCCCCCCUUUUUUCUGUUAUAACCCACUAUCGUUAGUUUUCUCAAAGCAUUGGAAUUCAUCUCUAUCCUAUUUCCGUACCCUUUUGACUGAAGUGUAUGUAAUAGCUGAGAUCAAGUAUGGGUUGUGGCUUUUUCUUAGUCAAGUGGCCAGCCUAUUACAAUAAAGGACAAGUGUUCCUAAAACCUGCCACGCCCAGCAGAAUACCACUUUUUAUGAAAAAUGCACAGUAGAGUGCACUUUGUUGGAUUUGGCAGUGAGGCACGUUAAAGCACCUGAGAACAUGUUUCAUUAUCUUUAGUAUGUUUAGAAUAAAUUCAACACGUGUGACUAAAGAAGGGAAAAAUAAAGGUAAACCCGUUAACACCCAAAA